GUGAAUGACAUUGUCUCUCGGGUGGACAGGUUACGUGCUUUAUAUUCCGAAUUCGGUCGUCACCGUCUGCUGGGCCCGUCACGCCCGGAAUAUUAAAGGCGCCAAUUCUCCCGGGUUCGCGGGUCUUCCAGCGAUAAUCAGUCAUUCCAGAUUUUUUAUUCGGUCAAAUUGAGAAUAUGUCAAACAAAGUAAAGUAUGGAGUAAAAAGCCCACGUGCUAACUCUAAAAUUAUUCAUUUUAGAGAAGUAAAGGAUGUUCAACAGAAACCUGUGAAAAAAAUUGUUAGAAUGAGCGAUUUAAAAGAAAACAAUACUGAAGUUAUAACUGUUUCUCCAGAUUUCUUGGAUGACAGUUCAUCCGAGAUUAGAGAUGAUGGUAUGUCAGAUUCAAGUUAUGAUGAUUUAGAAGUAAAUAGUGAAUACCAAGAUGAUCCAGAGGUUAUUGUUGUCUGUGGUGAUGAUUUAGAUCAAUCUAGUGGAAGCGAUUUGGAAUUUAUAGAAGACAUUCAACAACAAGAAUCCAGUAAAAAUAAAUUGCAUUAUGAUGUCAACUCUUCCGAUGUAAUUGUGAGAACAGACAUUUUAAAUAAUUUAUUAGAAGGUCGUAUGACAAAAACUACUAAAAAGCUUCUUGAUUCUACCAAAAUUUCUUAUUUACCUAUGCAACUAACUCCAAAUGAAUUUCAUUCUACAUACUCUAAUGAAAAAAGUCCAUUUAAAGUUCGACCUAUAAAAGCUAACAAAGGCUUGAGACAUUUUUCCAAAAGAGUGUGCGAUAAAGUUAAGACUAAAAUGGUUACCACGUAUAAAGAAGUAGCUGAUGAAUUAGUUGCUGAAUGCGUUGGCAAUAGUGAUAGCCCAACAUUUUUAUAUGAUCAAAAAAAUAUUAGGCGCCGUGUAUAUGAUGCCUUAAAUGUAUUAAUGGCUUUAGAUAUCAUUGCUAAGAAUAAAAAAGAUAUAACCUGGAAAGGGUUACCAACUGGAUCUAUACAAAACAGUGUAUAUCUUGUUCAAGAAAAAGAAAACCGCCUUAAUAGUGUAAAAAGAAAACUUUUAGCUCUUCAAGAGACUAUUAUGCAAGAAGUAGCCGUCAAACGGUUAGUAAAACGUAAUCAAGAUUUAGAAAAUGAAUUUGGUCCUCCACCUCAUAACACGUUUGUCAAUCUACCAUUUAUGGCCAUUAGUGCUAAUGAAGAUACAUCUGUUGAAAUAGAAAUAUCAGAAGAUGAAAAACAAUAUCAAAUGAGUUUCAAUGAUAAAUUCAGUGUAAUUGAUGACACUGAAAUUUUGAAAACAAUGGGUUUUACUUUAGGAUUGGAUCGUGGUGAAGUGAGCCAUGAAGACUUAAAGAUUUUGAAAACAUUAGUACCCAAAGCUUUUGAAAAACACAUUGUUAUGAUGGCUACCAAAAAUGGAGAAAUGUUUAAUGAUAUCUGUAAGGAAUUCGAUGAAAAAAUUAAGUCUGCUGAAAUUGAACAAACUUCAUCAAGACCCAGUAUCAUUAAUAGAAGGAAGAAUAAAAGAUAAAUAAAAAUUGUUUACAAUGUUUUUUAUUAUUAUCAUGACAAUCAAAAUUACUUUGUUAAAUAUGUAUACUUUUUUUUUUUGUAAAUAAUUGAAUGUUAAUUAGUUUUAACUUGUACAGGUUUAACUAUUUUAUAAAUAAUUUAAAUAUAUAUAUUAUAUAUUAUAUGUAUAUAUUUAUCAUUAAAUUACAAUAAUGACUUGUUUAACUAAU